AUCCGUCGGGUCAAUUUUCCAUAGUCCAUAAUCUUGGUUCUUUUAGGGCUUAUUCGUUUUCUUCUUCUAGGGUUUUUGCUCUGUUCAACGUCAAACUUUGCUACCAAAUUCUUUCUUCUUUUUUUCCUUUUAAGACGGAUGUGAGAUCAAGAUCAGCCAUUCUUGUGCCAGCUUCCAACACCGUUUGAUACGGCAACUGAAAAUGGAAGCUCGAGUUGGUGUAGUGGUCGAAGGAGGGCAGCAGGCUCUUAACUCUGCCCAUGGAGCCGUCGUCGACGCCGGCGCCAGGAAGUUUUUGCAGCAACAAAGUCAGAACAAGUCGUCGUUGAAUCAGCAAUCGCAGAUUGGCACCGUGCAGCAGCUUCUAGCCGGUGGUAUCGCGGGUGCCUUUAGCAAGACAUGUACCGCGCCUCUUGCUCGUCUCACUAUCCUUUUUCAGGUGCAAGGCAUGCACUCGGAUGUCGUAUCGAUGAGGAAAGCCAGCAUAUGGCAUGAAGCUUCACGUAUCAUCAAUGAAGAGGGAUUCCGAGCAUUUUGGAAAGGCAAUCUGGUCACAAUAGCUCACCGCCUACCUUAUUCUUCAGUUAGUUUCUAUGCUUAUGAACAAUACAAGAAGUUUCUGCAGCCAAUUAUUAGGGAAAGAUAUCAGGGCAAUGCCAGUGCCGAUCUUCUUGUGCAUUUUUUUGGUGGUGGUUUGGCUGGAAUAACAGCUGCCUCUGCUACAUACCCACUGGACCUUGUCAGGACCAGACUUGCUGCACAGAGAAGUACCAUGUAUUACAGAGGCAUCGGGCACGCAUUCCAUACUAUUUGCAAAGAAGAAGGUUUUUUUGGUUUGUAUAAAGGACUUGGAGCCACCUUGUUGGUUGUUGGACCAAGUAUAGCCAUCAGCUUUUCAGUUUACGAGAGCUUGAGAUCAUUUUGGCAAUCUCGAAGACCUCAGGACUCCACUGUAAUGCUCAGUCUUGCUUGUGGUAGUCUUUCAGGCAUAGCAUCAUCAACAGCUACAUUCCCUUUGGAUCUUAUGAGACGAAGGAUGCAAUUGGAAGGUGCAGGUGGUCGGGCCCGUGUUUAUAAGACUGGCUUGUAUGGAACAUUUAAAUACAUUGUGAAGACAGAAGGUCUUAAAGGUUUGUACCGAGGAAUCUUGCCAGAGUACUACAAGGUCGUCCCAAGUGUAGGCAUCGUCUUCAUGACGUACGAGACUCUGAAAACAUUUCUAUCUCGAAUUUCCACCAGUUCAUAGCUGCUCUCAGAUGUAGCCAUUCUUCCAUUUGAGUGCUUAUUUUAAGUCACUUUAUUAAUUCCAGGCAGUAGUGAUCAAUGGUGAUGAACAAAUUGAGAUGCAUAGAAAAUAGGAUACUGGUCAAUAGGGUAGAGUUUAGAUCGUCCAUUAGUUUUGAAUCGAGAAAUUUUGUGGCGUUUAAUUUUUGCUUGUUACUGCCAAGAGACUAGUAGUAUUUUUAUCUUGUACAGGAAGAGUUAACCCAAUUGCCAUUCCGAUUACCAUUAAAAGCUCGACAUUUUUAUUCCCAUCUCGAA